AUGCCGAAAGCACCAGGAGGAGAUGCGCGUCAAAUGAGACGUCACAACCCAUUGUCCGAAGACUAUGCCCCUUCAAACCCGCACAAGCAAAAAGCACCAAAGAGGAAAGGCCGCUCCAACGCCGGCGACGACGAUAAUGAACAACAAGCAUACAUCGACUCGAAAGCGUCAAGGAAGAUUAUCGCUUUAGGACAGGAUCUGGCUGCCGAGGAAGAUGCCGAGCUCGAGGCCCGCAGACCACAAAACGGAACAAAAUCAGCUUUCGAGUUUGAGAGAAGUCUGCGCGAUGGGGAGGAUUCUGACGAGGAGGCUGGUGUUCCGGAUGAUGAGGCUUGGGGAGACGAGGAAGACGAGGAGGUGGAAGAGGUCGAGGUGGAUCCUGAAGAUCUGGCCAUGUUUAACAAGUUCAAUCCCGAAUUCGACCCUUCGACACUGUUGGCACCCGGGUCAGCAGAAGACCAAGGAGAGAGCACCAACCUCGCAGACUUGAUUUUGGAGAAGAUCGCACAGCAUGAGGCCAGCCAGGCCCAAGGGCAAAUCAUCCGUGGUGGUGGCGCUCCUGAGGACGCCAUCGAGUUGCCCGCAAAGGUCGUCGAGGUCUACACUCAAAUCGGCCUCAUCCUCUCAAGAUUCCGAUCCGGCAAGCUGCCCAAGCCCUUCAAGAUCCUUCCUACCCUCCCCCAAUGGGACACUCUCCUCUCCAUCACUCGCCCCGACUCAUGGACCCCCAACGCCACCUACGAAGCCACCCGCCUCUUCACCUCCUCUCGCCCCGCCGUCGCCCAAGCCUUCAUCCACGACAUUCUCCUCGACCGCGUCCGCGACGACAUCCGCGAGACCAAAAAACUAAACGUCCACCUCUACAAAGCCCUCAAAAAGUCCCUCUACAAACCCGCCUGUUUCUUCAAGGGUCUACUCUUCCCUCUGCUCGCUUCCGGCACCUGUACACUCCGCGAAGCCCAUAUCAUUAGUUCCGUGCUCGUGCGCGUCAGUAUCCCCGUCCUGCACUCUGCAGCAGCCAUCCACCGUCUCUGCGAAAUCGCCGCCGAGCAAAUGACCGACAACCUCGAAGCCGGCGGCGCCACAAACAUCUUCAUCCGCGUUUUGCUCGAGAAGAAAUACGCUUUGCCGUAUAAAGUUGUGGAUGCGCUUGUAUUCCACUUUUUGCGUUUCCGCGCUGUGGAUCAGGAUGCCAUGACUGAUGCUCCUGUGACCAUCAAGAGUGGAGAAAAACUUCCUGUGCUGUGGCAUCAGUGUUUCCUGGCUUUUGCGCAGAGGUACAGGAAUGAUAUUACCGAGGAUCAGAGAGAGGCGCUUUUGGACUUGUUGCUCGUCAAGGGUCACAAGGCUAUUGGUCCUGAGAUUAGAAGAGAGUUGUUGCAGGGAAGAGGCAGAGGUGUUUUGGCCCCUGAGGUGGCCAUGGCUGGUGUUGAUGGCGAUGAUACUAUGGUUGAUAUCCAGUAG